AGUAUUGACCCAGGAAGCGGCGAAGAAAGAACGAGCAGGAAGUCGGAAGCAUCUGAUAAACAACCGUUAUUAAGUAGCAAAUGGUGAAGUUCUGUUCAUCUUAACAGGUCACCGAAACCGUCUCGCACUUCGUGUGCAGUUUUUAAUCUGUAAAGCCCUCGUGCUCGUGUUAGAAAUGAAAGACACUUUGCAGCUUUUGCACAGACUGAGCGCUCACCCGGACUCGCGGUGCUGGUAUGUGGCGUGGAGUCCUUCAGGCGCGCUGCUGGCUUCCUGCGGGGGAGACCGAGCUAUACGGAUAUGGGGCAAAGAAGGAGACACUUGGCAGUGUAAGUGUGUGCUGUCAGAUGGACACCAGAGAACUGUCAGGAAGAUCUCCUGGUCUCCUUGUGGAAAUUAUCUUGCAUCCGCCAGCUUUGAUGCCACCACGUGUAUAUGGAAAAGAAAGGAUAACGACUUUCAGUGCCUUACCGUGUUAGAGGGACACGAAAAUGAGGUGAAGUGUGUCGCAUGGGCCCCGUCUGGUAAUUUACUAGCCACCUGCAGCAGGGACAAGAGUGUUUGGAUAUGGGAAGUGGAUGAGGUGGAUGAGUAUGAAUGUGUGAGUGUUGUAAAUUCUCACACCCAGGAUGUGAAACAUGUAGUUUGGCAUCCCACACAAGAGCUUCUUGCUUCAGCCAGUUAUGACAACACAAUAUGUAUUUAUAAAGAAGAGGAUGAUGACUGGGAAUGCCGGGCAACCUUAGAGGGACAUACAUCAACAGUUUGGAGUCUUUCUUUUGACCCUGAGGGACAGCGACUGGCCUCCUGUAGUGAUGACCGCACAGUGAAAAUAUGGAAGGAGUGCGGGGCAGGUGAUGAAUCUGCAGAUGGGUCAUGGAAGUGUGUUUGCACCUUGUCUGGCUUUCACAGCCGUACAAUAUACGAUGUUGCAUGGUGUCGUCUAACUGGCGCACUGGCUACAGCGUGCGGAGAUGAUGGAGUACAUGUUUUUAAGGAGGAAGCAGCCUCUAAUCCAGAGCAGCCUGUGUUUUAUGUAUCUGCUCAUGUCCCUAAAGCCCAUAGCCAAGAUGUUAACUGUGUAGCCUGGAAUCCAAAACAAGCAGGUUUGCUGGCUACAUGCAGUGACGAUGGAGAAAUUGCUAUCUGGGGCUACCAGUCAGAUGCUUAAUGUGGAGAGGGAAUGUUCUGUGUGAGAUCUGCACUGGCUUCCGAAAGCACUCAGAAGUUGAAGAGCUCAUUUCUACUUGUGUAUUUGAUCUGCUGAAAUGUCAGAAGUUCUGUUUUAGAGUCUGAUAUUUUUUUUUUUCUUUUUUUUUUACAAUGAUUCAUAUACAGCAACAUUACUGUUUCAUUUUUCUUCCCAGCUAAUUUCAUGUGUAAUGUUUUUGGAAAGGUGUAUAGCAUUCUUACUGUGCUGGAGCACCCACCUUAAACAUUUUUCAUUAUUGUUUAGGCCUGUUUUACUGGACAAAAUUGUAAAGCUUUGUUAAUGAAGACUAAAGAUUAUGUCCAAAUACUGGCUUCUCAAAUAGGCUUUUGCAUAAAAAAUUUUAAUGAUAAAACCUUAUAAAAUCUCCUUUGAAAUUAUCCAGUUGGGUUUAAAUAUACACAAAUAAGUGCUAUGUAUAUCUGUAUGUUUUCAUACACUAUAUGGACAAGAUUCAUAUGUGCUUUUUUGAAAAUCCCAUUUCAAUCCAAAGCUAAUUAAUUAAUAAAGUCAGUCAUUAGUAAAGUCAGGUACUGAUGCAGGGUGAGGAGGCCUGGGGUGCAAAGGUGUUUUGUAGGAUUGAGGUCAGAGGACUAUAGCAGGCAUUUAAGACUCCACUCCAGCCAUGUAAAACAUGUUUAUGGAGCCGACUUUAUGCACAGGGUCAUUUUAAUGCUUAAACUGGUUUGUGUCCCCUAGCUGCUUUUACAUCCAGAGACAUCUUAUACUAUAAUGUGUACCAACUUUGAGGUAAUGGUUUGGGAGGGAAAGCCACAUAUGGCUGGAAAAAGUCAUGUCUAAAUACUUUUAUCCAUAUAGUUUAUAUAAUCCUAGAGAGUAUCUGGCAUUUGUGUGUUGAUCAAUAAUCUAGCAGGCUAAAAUAGCAUUUAUUUGAGAUUUGUACUUACAUUAUGUAGCAUUUUUAGCAGAAAUGUUUUCAUCUAAACACUUAAAACUGUUCUUUAACUGGACAUAGCUUCAGCUAUGUAUAUAUGUUUAAAAUUUCUAUGGGCAAAAUAAAUGAUUUGAUGUAGA